ACCUGAGUGGCAGAUUGGAGGGUGAUGCAUCAGAGGUGGAUGUCACGGCGAGUUUGGCCACCAGGCUGGGAGACGACCACCCGCUGGUGAUCGAGCUGCGAAGAAGGGUGGCACUUGAGGAUGUCCAGGUGUUGGAUGAGUACAUCAAAGGGGAGUUGGGCCCAGAGAAGGCAGCAAUCAUCUACACGAAGGUGCCAGAUGAGUUCCACACGCCACUGGAGUACUACAAAGAGCUGCAGGCAUGGGCGGAAGUGAACGGCCUUGAUGUG